UUCACAAAAUGGCGGGUAAACAGUGAAAGUGAAACUUGUUGGUUGGUUUCGUUGUGGUUUUAUGUCGUAAAGGCGGGUUAAAAGGAAACCAGGAUGUCCCACAAGCGGCCACACCCGUCGCCCCGGCAACCGUAUCCCAAGCAACACGGCAACAAGCCUCGCCCGUCACCACGGCGACAGCAGCACUUCCCCCAGGCCGUGUGGGACGAGACCGAGCGACUCUUCAGUAAGAAGUUCUCCUUCCAGAAGCCGGAGGACGACUCCUGGCACCUCCCGCCCGCCGGGGUUCUCUUCUCCUGUAGGAACCUGGUGAGUCACGAGAUGGCGGGGAUGAAGGAGGAACUCAACAGGGUCAAAGGUCUCCUAAGUGAUAAGGAGAUUCGUAGCUGGCACGAGCACACAAACCAGACAAACCGUGCGGGGAAGGUGAUAUCGCACCUGAAGCAGAACAUCCGCCCACAGCUGUGUACACAGGCCUGGUGCAAGUUCCACGAGAUCGUCUGCACAUUUCCACUGGUCUCGGACGCUGCCGUGGAGGCAGGUGUGUUCAGCAGUGUUCACCUGUGUGAGGCGCCGGGAGCCUUCAUCACCAGUCUGAACCACUACCUGGUGAACAGGAGGGUGGACUGUGGCUGGAACUGGGUGGGAAACUCCCUCAACCCUUACUAUGAGGGUAACGAUCUGGAGCACACCAUUGAUGACGACAGGUUCAUCUUUGGUACUCUCCCCAACUGGCACUUUGGAGCUGACAACACAGGAGACAUCAUGAGUGCUGAGAACCUGCAACAUCUCAAGACAUUUGUGGAAGAAAUCCAGCCGAUACACUUGGUAACGGCAGACGGCAGUAUAGACUGUCAGAAGAACCCAGGAGAACAGGAGAGUAUAGUGUCCCAGCUGCACUACUGUGAGGUGGUCAGUGCCCUGCAGCUGUUGGGGGAGGGGGGCGCUCUGGUAGUGAAGAAGUUCACCAUGCUGGAGCCUUCCUCGGCGUGCCUCAUGUACCUGCUCAACUGUGUGUUUGACGAGGUCCAUGCCUUCAAACCAGCGACCAGUAAGUCUGGCAACUCUGAGGUGUACGUUGUCUGUCUGGGCUACUCAGGACAGGAGGCACUGACAGGGCACAUGGACAAACUCAUGGCUAAUUUCAAGCCAGAUAGCCCUGAGAAUGACCUUUUCCCCAGUGAGACCCUCCCGGCAACCUUCACCUCGCAGCUGGUCUCCUGCUGCCGGCAGUUCACACAACUCCAGUGUGAUACCAUCCAGGAGAACCUGCAGUUGUUUGAGGACCUGAGUGAGGAAAGGGCAGAACACCUCCGCCAGGCGAGGGACUGCUGUGCACAGGAGUACGUACAUCGGUACCACCUCCGGCCUAUCAGGAAGGACCACAGGAUUUACACUGAGGCAGCUGCGAGGUCAAACUUCGCAUCUGACCUUCGGAAACAGCUGCAGGGCAGCUUCAAUGAGAGACAGCAACAAUCCCAGAUACCCUGGGCACAGAGGGUUCUACAGGAUGGAGGAGGGGGGCACUGGGAAGGGGAGUCUUACAGCACAGCUCUGGCUUCGGUAGAGGAGCCAGAGCCCAGCCCAUCUGCAGUAGAGGACCUUGUGUACCCAGUGGUAGGGAGAAGGGUGAGGAGAGUAUGGAACUCACGAUUCUGUGAUGUACAUGUUCUCAGUCAGUGGAACGAGGCACUGGACAAAGCACAGAUCCUCCUCCAAGAAAAUACAGUCUUCUUGAGGAAGUUUCAAGAAGACACAGAGUCCAGUGGAGACGAUGCAUUCCUUGCCUUGAAUAGGCAACAGUUGUCUCAGUCCUUGCUGCCCAAGAUCCUGUGCCUUACCAACACCAGAGUCUUAAAGAGGCUCAAACCCUAUCUUAGUGCAGGGUUGGAACCAAAGAUUUUCAGUGUUGACUCGGACCCAGUGGAGACAUUCCUGGCCCUGAAGGAGGUGAACUCAGGUGAAGACAUCUUAACUACCUCACCUGAGGACAGGACAGGUGUCCUGCAGGACUCCAGGUAA